CUGACAGUGGUAAACAGACGUCAGAAGGGAGUCUUCGCCUCGAGUCAAAACAAAACAAAACAAAACAAGUGAAAAAGACGGCGGAGGAGUGAAUAUUUGGACCCUCACGACGACAGGAAGUCCCGCCGGACCCACCGCUCGACAAACGCGGGGACUUGGGGGGAGUUGCGUGCGGCUUUUCGCGGACUUUUCCCCGGAUUGUAAACUCUGGAGUAGCAGGAGCUCGGCGCAGCUAACGUUACGGAGGCUGUCGUGCCGUUUCCAAAGUGCGGCGUCGGGAGCCGACAGACCUCCGGAGGCCAGCCAGCUUCAGCCAGCCCGCGGGGGGAUCCGCUCCGGAGCGCGAUCACCGAGACGAGGCUCGGCCGAGCCGCGGGCCGUGGUCGACGGAGGGCUUUUCAUACAGCGCCUCUACGAGCAUCGUGUGCCGCCGCAGGAGUGUGGAGAAACAUGGCAGAUGGUGACAUGCGCCUGUCCGCAAUGUGGCGGACCUGAAGCACGGACUUCUCUCACUGCUCUUCCAUCCACUUCCUCACACUUUAAACAGCCGAACUCUGUUAACCCACCGCCGUCGUGGGUUUGAUUUCACCCGGGUUCCCUCGCUCGACUUCUCCGCGUGUUCGGUCGCUUUAACCCACAGGCCACUGCGCUGUUUUUACUCUUUUUACACUCGAUGAACACAGAACCGCUGCUCGGUUAAUCUGCCGUUUCCCCCCCCUGCACCCUCCGGACCGAUCUCUGACUAUCUGCGGGUCGUUUCAGGAUUUAAAGAAAAAUAAAUCUUGAGACUCGAGGUAUUUUGUGUUGUGGAGCGCAGACAUCACGUUGUUUACAAGUGCAGACGGACAGUCGCCUGCUAAUCCCUGUUUGUAACCUUUAUGGUUUUAUAGUAAAAUACAACAACCUCCUGGGUUUGGAUCAGGAAUUUUAUAUUUAAUUUGCUGAAUCUGGUACGCAACUAACUUUAAUAUUAGUUAAAAAAAAUAUUUAAACAUAGUUCAAAUAUACUAUUUCGAAAUUCUUACAUUGACAAUUAUAUAGUUUAAGUUUUAAUUUAGAGAAAUAGCUUUGUUUUAUAUCCAUGUAAAUUCUUUGAUUGUUUAAUUCAUCCACAGCAGGGACUAAAUCUGCAUAGAUCCAGAUGUUGUGCUGCUCAUCCUCACUCAGCCACUUUUGUUUUUAUUUCAUUCAAACAAAGAGACUGGCAUCGUCCCAGCCUCCUUCAUUCUAUAUAAAUCGGAAGGUUUAUGAUAGUUACUAUUAAGGAGAUUAUUUGGGUUCCCUAAUCUCCAAUCUGAGGAUUAACUGAGGCUAUUGGUGUGUCCAGAUUACUAGGUCUCUCUUGUAGGCCCCUCGGUGGGUGAAGCAUCUUGUUUUUGUGUCGGGAAGUUAUUAUUUUUUUUCUCGCAUCUUCCGGCCUCAGAGUUCACUUCAAACUUUUCGAAGGUAAAUGUUUUGAGUGGGUUCCGUCUUUGAGGUCGAGUGGAAACCCAGCGCGCCGCCAUGGAGCAGUCCUCGGUGCCCCCGAUUGACCCAGAUUUCGAGCCGCAGAGCAGACCCCGCUCCUGCACGUGGCCGCUGCCGAGGCCCGACCUCUCGGUUGUCAAACCGGAGGGCGCGGAUGGCACGGAGUCCGCCGCCGGCACCCCGCCCGCCGAUGAGGACAAGCCCGAGCCUCAGCAAAUCACGUCAGAACCCGAGAAGGCGGAGGCGGCGGUGGCAGAGGGCGGAGCCGGGGCCGGAGUGGGCGGAGCCGGCGCGACGCCCCGCAAAGGAUCGUCCCGGCGCAACGCGUGGGGGAACCAGAGCUACGCGGACCUGAUCAGCCAGGCCAUCGAGAACUCACCGGAGAAGAGGCUGACCCUGGCCCAGAUCUACGAGUGGAUGGUGAAGACUGUGCCUUACUUCAGGGACAAAGGGGACAGCAACAGCUCAGCAGGCUGGAAGAAUUCCAUCCGCCACAACCUAUCACUCCACAACAAGUUCUUGAGGGUACACAAUGAAUCCACAGGAAAGAGCUCCUGGUGGAUGCUCAACCCAGAAGGAGGGAAGACCGGGAAAGCUCCUCGACGCCGAGCCGCCUCCAUGGACAACAGCAGCAAACUGCUGAAGAGUCGGAUGAGGGCCAAGCAGACCAAGAAGCUGGCGGGAGCAGCCGGUGCUGGAGGCGCGCUGCAAGGUGACGGCGGCACGGGGUCAGGAGGUGCAGACAGCCCUAACUCGUCCCAGCAGUUUCCCAAAUGGGGGGUCAACAGCAGUAGCCCCUCCUCCCGCGGCAGCCUGGAUGACGCUGACAUGUGGACCACCUUCCGUCCACGCACAAGCUCCAAUGCCAGCACCCUCAGCGGACGUCUGUCCCCCAUCGCUCCUGGACAAGAGGACGACGACAACCUGCCUGAGGACGGACUGCUGGGAAGAUACGCGUCCAGGAGCUUGACCCCGACCCUCACCGAGACCCUCAUGGAGGAGUUGGAUCUGAUUGAUGGCCUCACAUUGAUGACCGGGCAGCAGGGAGGGGCCAGUCCCAGCACAGCCCCACCAGCACCUCCCACUCCGCUGCCCUCCGCCUCCACCCUGCUGCCCCGGGGCUCGAGCUUCUCCUCCUUCCACCACCUGCAACCAUCCAGCCUCCCGCAGGCCCCCCCCCACACUGGGACCCAGGCUUCCAUCUCUCAGUGCGGAACCAGCAGCAAAGAGCAGACGACCUUCAGCAAUUCCCUCUUCAACCCCAUGUCGAGCUCCAGCUCUCGUAGUACCAGCCACUACAGCACCCACGUGCCCUCCAGUCUGGAAGCCCUGCUCACCUCCGACUCCCCCCCUCCGAGUGAUGUCAUGAUGACCCAGGUGGACCCCCUCAUGCCUAAUCCCGGAGGGGUGGGCCUGAUGAAUUUGGGUUCAUCUGUGGUGGGUGUGAGGCCCAAACCCAAUCAGCUGCUGCUGGGUAAGGGGCUGGAGCCGAACACCGUGGCCCCCAUGGCACUUCAGGCUCAGAUGCAGCCUCAGCAGCGUCACCUUCUCCAACAGCAGCAGCAACAUCAGCAGCAACAACAACAUCAGCAGCAGCAGCAGCAGCAGCAGCAGCAGCAGCAUCAUCAUCAGCAGCAGCAACACCAGCAUCACUCUCAGAUGGGGUUGGGGAUGAUCCUCUCAGGUAUGUCUCAAGACCCGUCACAGCUCUCCGCUCUCAAAGCCCAGCACGCCGCAGGGCCAGCGCUGGGCUCUCUUCAUGGAGGGCCCGGCCUCAGCCUGCAGGCGAUGGGUCAGUUCGGAGCUCCGUCCUGCUUCCCCGCCGGUCAGGACCGACUGCCCACAGACUUGGACAUGGACAUGUUCACGGAAAACCUGGAUUGCGACGUGGACUACAUCAUCAACAGUGACCUCAUGGACGGAGACGGACUUGAUUUCAACUUUGACCCCAUGCCUGGAGGCCAAAGCUACGCGGGGCCGGCCACCACACAGGGCUCCGCUCACAACUGGGUCCCCAGCUAAUUCCUCGGCUGACAACGCAAAGCCAGGAACUGAUCUCCAAUGAAGAUGACCUCACAAUAUGACACGACCGGGGCAUUCCUCCUCCCUCACGAUGGCUGAUUCUCAACCGCAACACUUCCCUCGGACUAAACCGGACCUCACUCAUGUCCUGUGCCAACACUUGCAGAGGACAGGGAGGAGAUGACGCAGGCUACUAUGCACAGAAUCUCUCCUUUUCUUUUUUAUAAUAACACUUGCAACAGUUUGGCUGCUAGCCAUUUUUACCUUUGAAUUCAAACCGUUUUUUUUUUUUUUUUUUUUAAAGACAUGUUAAAUAAUGUUGUUAGAGUGAAAAGACAGAUCACGAGCCCCCACGUGCCGGGGGUUCAUAUUACAGUUGUGUUUCACCACAAUAGCUUUAGGGUCGAUACGGUACCCCCCCCCCCCCCCCCCGAUCUCGAUGGGUUUGGUUUUGAAGACUCGACGGACUGUGCGUCUUUGGAGAAAAGGCCAGUUUCCCCAUCGACACUUGCAUAGCAUGACUUGCCAGACCAGAUGCUGUUUGAUUGUCUGAGCGAGGUGCACUUACUCUGCCGCACCAGCUCCGAUCGCCUCCCGAGGAAACAUAUCGUCCUCCUUGACAUGACGUGACUGCGAUGCUGAAGAGAUGGAAAAGUAAAGACCGGACGACUGGAGAUAUAAAAAUGUUUGAUUGAACAUCGGCUUUAUGUCUGGCCCAAUCGUGUGCUGAGGCUAAGAUCACGCGUACGAAUCAUUUUCUCACUUUAGAGGAAAGAGUUACAAGUUUAUUUGUUUUGGUGUAGGGCUGGGCGAUACAGCAAAACAUUUUGAAUUUCAUAUCAGUUGAAAUCGACAAUUAUCAUGAUAAAGAGCCAAUGAUUGUUUAGAGACUGAUUCUCACUCCUGUUUGACAGUUAAUGAAACUGUGGCUCUUGUUCAUGGGCAGAAAACAGCGAACAGCGAAAUAUUUCACAAUUCUGAGGCGGACCAUUCAAAACGAUGAGACGUGUUCCACCUCUCACAGGCCUGCACAAUGCAUAAGCAUCACAUCGAUAAAAAAUGAACUUUUGUUAAGUUGCUGUUGAAGAACAUUGCAUCGCGAUAAUUAUUCGUAUUGUUAAAUCGCCUAGCCCUAAUGUGGUGAUUCACCUGAGAGGGUAUGUUUUUGCAGUUUGCCAUUUUUCAAUCCAGUGUGGUGAGAUAGACGUGAGAUAGAGGGUGUUUUUUAUUUUUUAUUUUUUAACUCCUGAUGUGCAGUUAAACUAAGAAAAUGAAGAAAUGUGAUUUGUGACAUACACAGGGCAUUCAUGGGUAAAUUUAUUUGCCAGCGAGUGAUUGGUUGGCCAAGUAUUACAUUGUCUUAAACAGCAA